AAAUUUAUCAAAGCCCAGGCGACGAUAAGAACAGCUCUCUCUCUCUCUCUCUCUCUCUCUCUCUCUCUCUCUGUGCGUGUGAAAGAUUACAAAGCGAGUAAAUUUCCCAGCUUUUUAAAGCUACAAAAGUCAGAAAAAUGCCAAAGGUGAAGACAAACCGUGUCAAAUAUCCAGAGGGGUGGGAACUGAUUGAACCAACUCUUCGUGAACUACAAGCUAAGAUGAGAGAAGCUGAGAAUGAUCCCCAUGAUGGGAAAAGAAAAUGUGAAGCUUUAUGGCCUAUUUUCAAAAUAGCACAUCAGAAGAGUCGCUACAUUUUCGACCUUUACCACAGGAGGAAGGAAAUCUCGAAGGAGUUGUACGAGUUUUGCUUGGACCAAGGCUAUGCUGACCCUAAUUUGAUUGCAAAAUGGAAGAAGCCUGGUUAUGAACGUCUAUGCUGUUUAAGGUGCAUGCAACCGAGGGAUCACAACUUCCAAACCACUUGUGUUUGUCGAGUCCCCAAGCAUCUGAGAGAGGAAAAGGUUAUAGAGUGUGUGCAUUGCGGUUGCAGGGGUUGUGCUAGUGGAGACUGAUCUGCCUUUCUUCUAGAGUGUAACCACUUUAUAUGUCAUUUUCCUAUUAGUCACUUAACUAUGUAAAAAGGUAUGAAACAUCUCAAUCGCGGGAUAAAUAUUCUAUGAGAUGCAUGCCUGGUGUACUGUAGAGCUUAUGCAAUCUAGAUAUGUUCUGCCUAAUGUUGUGGAUGUUUUCAUGUUGUGAUGAUUUACUGAACUUGUUAGGAAAAAGUGGAUUCAGACAUUGAAGUUUGCUCU